CCUGACGAAUCAGGUGGUGGCGCUGAAGGAGAUCCGGCUUCAGGAGGAAGAGGGAGCGCCCUUCACGGCCAUCAGAGAGGCGUCGCUCCUGAAACAGCUCAAACACGCCAACAUAGUCACGUUGCACGACAUCAUCCACACGCGGGAGACCCUCACCUUCGUCUUCGAGUAUGUGCACACGGACCUGUCGCAGUACCUGGAGAAGCACGGGGGCGGCCUGCACCCUCGGAACGUCAAGCUGUUCCUCUUCCAGCUCCUGCGCGGCCUCUCCUACUGCCACCGCCGGAGGAUCCUGCACAGAGACAUCAAACCCCAGAACCUCCUCAUUUCGGAAGUCGGCGAACUCAAGAUCGCAGACUUCGGCCUCGCCCGCGCCAAAUCCGUACCGUCGCACACCUACUCGCACGAGGUGGUGACGCUGUGGUACCGGCCUCCCGACGUCCUGCUGGGAUCCACGGACUACUCGACCUCCCUGGACAUGUGGGGCGUGGGCUGCAUCUUCACCGAAAUGAUCACGGGCGUGCCAGCGUUCCCAGGCGUCCGGGACAUUCAGGACCAACUCGAUAAAAUAUUCAAGGUGGUGGGCACGCCGACCGAGGACACGUGGGCGGGGGUGACGUCCUUGCCCAACUACAAGCCGCACCGCCUCGUGCUGUACCGGCCGCGCAGGCUCGCCUCGCUUUUCCCGAGACUUAAUGACAUUCCUCACGCUGAGUCGCUCGCCAUGCAGUUCCUACAGAUUCAGCCAAACAAGAGGAUAUCCUCCGAAUUAGCUCUCAGACAUAGCUACUUCGCAGACCUUCCUCCAAGCAUAUAUGAUUUAGACCCAGAGCAAUCAAUAUUCUCCGUGGGGGGCGUCCGCGUGGCCCAGGAACUACGGAACUACCCGACGUCGGUGAUCCAGGCGGCAAGGGAGAUCAGGAAAUUGGUCUAGUGCCAAAAGGGGUCCUAAUUUUCCCUUAACAAAUUAGGUCCUGCAAGGAUAUGUCACGGAAAAAAAAACAACCCCGAGAAUAAACAAGCACCGAUAUGCAUCAUCACCUUCCUCCUAUUAUCUUUUUUUUUAUUUCUUAUUCUCGUUCUUCCGUCUUCGUCUUCCUUUUUGUCUUCUUCUAUUUCUUGUUCUGCUACUACUACUUAUUCUUAUUCUUCCUCUUCUUCCAUCUCCUCAAACAAUGCGCAAGUAACUUCAUUGACAUGGAAGUCCUUGCUGCUGAUUACCUUUUAUGGAGGACAAGUCGCAUACGAACAUCACUAAUUCCGGGACAUCAAGAUACAAGUUUAUUUAUAAAGAAAGAAGAAAAGAAAAUAGAAGAAAAAGAGAAUUAAGAGUGUAUUUACGAAAAUAUGUUGCUCGGUUAUCUCUUUUAUGUGACUUUUUAUAGAAACUUUGGAAACAUCAAUGAAGACGAAAUUGUUGUUUGAGGAUUUUUAUCGUUUUUUUUAUAUUAAUCUAUUAUAUAUUGUUUUCUUCUCGGAAAUGAGUUGAUUCCAGCGAGUUUUGACGAGUCUCCUAAUUGGUGGCUGGAGCUCGCUUGGCUGCGGGUUGUAAUCACUUUCUUGAUAUGGCCAGCUAUCCGAAAAAAGAAACACGAUAAAUUCAUUAGAUGGCUAUCCUAGAGUGAUACUUAGAAUCAGAGUAUAUACAAAAAAUGAAAAAAAAAAGAUAUAUCGUAGAAAAAAUAGAUAAAAUUGAAAAGGAAAAAAGAUUAGGCUAUAAAGUUUUAAUUAUAUAUAUAUGAAUUUUCAUGAGACAUGCUAUGCAUGUUUAUUACGAAGUUUUCUUUCACGUAAGGUUAGAUAUUGUUUGAAUUGAUUUCUAAGCGUUUAAACAAAGCCAAAAUCAACCCAGCAUAAAGUGACCCCAGUAGAAGCGGGACAGGCAGCGAGAACGUGUCAAAAAUAUCCUAACUGGCAACAGAUGCUACUGAACAGGUCUUUCCUACACUUAGUGAUAAUAAACGGUAUUUUUCAUCGUUGUAAUGACAGUCACGAAUCGUCACUGUGGAAGAUACAUACGUGAGAGGAUAUAUAACAUAUGGCUUAAGUAACUGCUGCGGAAACAGAUUUAUAGAAUUCGAUAUUGUAAAAAAAAAGAAAAAAAUGAUAUAAGGAAUUCUGUGAAUGCUACAUAGAUGAUCUUUGUACAUGCGGGAUUAUACUUAAUCCAGAAAGAACAAAGAUGGAACCUCAUUUUAUAUGAAUAAAAAAAAAAAGUUUUGAAGUUCCUGAUAUUUGUGGCAAAGGAGGGAACAAAGACGGAAAUCAAAACACACACAAAAUCACUUUAAACCUUCGAGUUCAAAAAAAAAAAAAAAAAAAAAAAAAAAACAAAAGAACUUGUCCCCUCCCGCCUUGAUCAGUUUUGAACAGGAUGUUAUUCCUCACGAUCUUACAGUCUUGGAUUCUAUUAUCUAUCACCGUUUCAAAGGAUCAACCGUAGAAGAGAUAGAAAUAGCUAUAGCGAUAGGCCAAUUUAUCAUUGAAGUAGCGAUAGUGUUCAUAGAUUGUACAAGUAGUAUUAGGAAUAGAGAGGGAAUCUCAACGUGACUAUUAUUCGUAGAUAACUAUCGACAUUUGGAUUAUGUAUUGCGGUUGCUACGUGUUAAAAAUCAUCAUAUGGGUGAUCAGAGUUCACUGUGACCAUUACAGAAAUAGGUGUGAGUGGUAAUGAAUCUAUUGCUUUGUGGAAUUAUUCUUUCUCAUUCAUAUGUUUCUCUUCAUGCGGGCUAACUUGUGCUUAUAAGUUGGGGAAUGUGGUGUGUUGUCAUGUGGUAAUGAAGAUUUUGACAUUUCGUUUUCUUUUCUCGAGAUUCUACGCUUGGCAUGGGAAUUUGUUGGAAUUUGCUUCAUCCUUCGUUUUUCGGUCGGGGCCAAAAAAUCGUGCGGAGUCUUGAUGAUAAAUUCUUCAUCAUUUCGAUCUUUUUAUCAUUCACUGCGCCUUCCUUCUUUUACACGUUUGGUUCCUCCAUUGUGCUUAUCGUAGUUACUCUCUCUCUCUCUCUCUCUCUCUCUCUCUCUCUCUCUCUCUCUCUCUCUCUCUCUCUCUCUCUCUCUCUCUCUCUCUCUCUCUCUCUCUCUCUCUCACCCCCCCCCCCACAUCGCAUUUAGAAUCUAAUUGAAAAUCUCAAUUUCGAUCCUAACUUUGGCAUAAAAGCAUCACAAAAUCGAGAGAUCGCAGCCGUAAGCCUCUUUAUUGCACUCUAUCGUUUGUGUAACAUCCAGGCUCAGGACAUGUGUUCAGCGGGAUGUGGAAGUUGCCGUUAAAGUUGCAGUUAUGCUGUGAAGGUAAAAUAACGCGUGACCGAACGAGUGUGUGUGUGUGUGUGUGUGUGUGUGUGUGUGUGUGUGUGUGUGUGUGUGUGUGUGUGUGUGUGUGUGUGUGUGUGUGUGUGUGUGUGUGUGUGUGUGUGUGUGUGCCUCCUCCCUCCCCCUAGACACGUCCGCCAGAGCCAAGCCCGCACUCGCAAACCGCAAAGAUCAAAACAUAAUACAAAGUAGAGAGAAAGAAACCCUCUUAAGCUGCUUGUCAACGUAUCAUUUUCAACCUCGAAUGUUGCACAGUCCUCCAUUACUUUAUUGCACUGUAGUAGGGCUUUCUUUUCUUUGCACAUUUGCGUAUACAAUACACAUAAUUGCUAUUGAAACUGUGAUAAUGCAUUAAACACAACGUAUACCGAAUGUGACGUUACAUGAUGCAGAGGAGACAUAAUAUAUUGUUAAUAAGUUUAUCUGUUUCACGAUAAGGAAUACUUUUGCAUUUGAAGAAUUGACACUUCAUUUAUAUUUUUAUUGUCUUUUUAUUUUUUAUCAUUAUAUAUAUACAUAUUUUUUUCUGGCGAACCAAAACUAAAAUGACAUUAUUCUAAGCCAAUCAGUAUUUAGUCUAAUAUGCAUCGGAGUGGUGAACACGAAAUAUGUUUUAUAUUGUUUGGCCAACGAGACUGCAAUCAGCGGUAUCACAGAAGUUUUAUGAAUAACAAUUACAACAUCUGUAUUUAUAUCAUACAUUAUGUGUAUUAUACAUUCAUGUUUCUUUCAACUUUAUUAUUAAAAUAUGUGAAAGGGGCCAAAUGUAUGAUUAUUUUUACGUGAUAACCGACGUGCUGACUGUUGAUAACACUCAGUUGAAAAUUAAUGUAGUUGGCUGGAUAGAUGUAAAACUCUGAUACAAUAUACUCGUGAGGUUUUGUCUUCUCUUUGGUGCGUUCAAGGAGAAUUCUAGGAGUUACGUUGAAAAGAUCAUUUAAUCCUCUUUAUUAUUUACAUUUUUACUGCUGAUGUCAUUUUAAUCUUUGUUUUAUUUUCUUGUGUAUAUUCGUUAUACAGCAGUUCUUGACGUUUGGGAAUAUUAAGUAUAUGUAUCAGGAAAAGAGAGUAGCUGCUCAAUAAUGCAAAUUGUAACAGUGCCUGUCUGUGCCCUGUUAGGAACGCGUGGACUGAACCCCUAAUGAUGUCCUUGUAAAUGUGUCUCAGACUUAUUCUAGUUUAUUAUAUAGAAUAAUUAAAAUAUAUGAAGUAUGAGUCUGAUGGAGAAUGUUGAUUUGUUUUGUUUCUCUGAUGUAAAGCUGAAUUGAUGGGAAAGGAUGUAAACAUUUCACUUUCGAAACAUUAUUGGUUUUACUUAUGCACUGCAUUGGAAUUUUCACUUACUGUUAAGUGUAUUUAUGUUUUAAAAAGAUUUCCGUCGAUAUGGUACUUUUAAUAAGGUUCAAAUACGAACUUUUUUCACAAUUCAGAUGACUUGAUGGUUUGUUUGUUGCAGACUUUAUAUAAACGCACUGUCUUCACAUUCUAAUGCCAUACAAUUGGUAUAUGAUUAGGAAAAACUUGCACAAAUUGUGGUGAUGUUAAGCACACACACACACACACACACACACACACACACACACACACACACACACACACACACACACACACACACACACACACACACACACACACACACACACACACACACACAAUUCAUUAUACAUACAUAGUUACACGUAGAAGUGUAGAUACUUUACCAUUCAAGGAAAAUCUCAUAUUUUGUGAAAAGUGUAGAGAGUUAGUAGCCUAUAAUGCUUCUCUGUUUUCUUUAGUUUUAUUAUCAUUCAAAAAGGAUAAAUUUGAUAUCGUUAGAUUGAUAAUUCAAAGAUUUUUUUUUCUGCAGAUACAUUUUAUUUGUGCUUUAACAGUUCUACAAGAAUUAUUUGCAACACGGAUUUUGAAGAACUCUACGACCAGUUAAUUCUUGCAAAAAUACCUGAAAGACAACAAGAAUACUUUAAUACCUACAAUACAACGGAUCUGUUAUCAGUGUUACCAUAUCCCGGCAAUAGAUACAAGCGACUCGGUUUUCCAAGUGAAGAUUUAGCAUUAUAGUGAAAGCGUGAUUCAGUUCCAGGUGCUUAUUGGAUUAAUCAUGAAAGUUGUGUAUUGAACAUUACUUGAAUCUCGUUCAGCCCAUGCUAUAUUAUUUCGUAGAUUAAAACCUUUUCUUAAAUUGAUAUUUUACCUAUCUCAUAUAACUUUGUUUUAUACUUUGUCAAUUCAUUCAUUCUUAGGCGACACGCAUCGUAAAGUUAUCUCACGGUUCUUGAUCUCUUUUGGAAUCUAUUAGUGUACAAAGUCGAAUUCUUUCGAACUGUUUUGAACUUAGAUAUCAGAUUCAGUAGUUGGAAGAAAAUAUGCAGUCACUUGAAUUUACGUAAAUCGUACAUGAUUUACCUUAGUUGGUUUAUCUUAUAUCUUGUAUAGUGAAAUAGAUAACUGCUUAAAUGAAUUUUGACCCGCAAUCUCAUUUCCAUUUCCCAGGAGGGGGAAACAUGCGUAAAGUAGUGCGUUUUAACCUCAACUCAACGAAACAAGUGAAGUCAAUAUACUAGUAGCUACUUCAUAAUAAAUCUUUGCUCAAUCCAUUUUUAUGUUUAUUUUUGUUUUAAUUAAUCAUUCUAUCAAGCAAAACAGAAUAAUGUUACGUAUCAUGAAUCUGCAACGGCAUUUUCACACGUCGGUAUUUCUCUUUCAAAAAACAUCUUCUUUGGGUUCAUGUUUCUUGUAGGGCUGCAGAUGAAUUAGAUUUUAUUACUGCAUACUGUAGUUUUGUAGUUUUAUAUAGAAUGGAUAUAUCAAAGAAGUUUUAUGUCUGCAGUCCCCAGGCAAGUAUAUGGCUUCAAGGAAAGUUGAUAUUAUAUAGGCUUUAUCUGAUGUACUUUGUUAUAUGCUUUGUGUGCCAUGUUACAAUUCUUGGCUUCUCGAUUCAGACACUUGUAAUUAUGCUGUACAGUAUUAAUUAUUAGAGUUCAUGUAAAUUUUUCAAAUUUGUACAUGUGUUCAAGGAUAUGUAAAUCUAUUUUAGGUUUGUACAUGUGUUAUUUCAUGAUGGUUUCAUGGGAGGAAAAUAGGGGAUCUGUUGAAUAAUUAAGGAACUUGAAAAUAUGUAAAUAGGAGAAUUUUUAGCAUAUUAGGACAGAAGGACACGGUUCUACUCGAAAUGUUGUGAUAGCACAGAAACGUCAUAUUCAUUAAAAGUGUAAAUGGAUGUGCCCUGAAGCGACGCAUUCACAAAUUUCCGAAUAUGGCCCCCGAUUUCUGCUAUAGUUCAGGUAUGACUGGAGAAUUCUGACCUUAGUGUUCAUGGUUUUAAGUGUUUCAAAUAAAACAGCUUUUAUAGCCCCCCAAGUAUAUGCCCAGUUUUUUGCACAAUUCUUAUGUACUUUGUCUUUUUUGAGUCUGGUUGAAUGAAAACUUCUAAAAAAAUACAUGCUUACACACAGUUUUUCGUGCUUCUCAAAUGGCACAUAAAUAGUUUAGGAAAAAUUAUAAAAGAUCUUUACAUUUUGAUCUAGAGACUGUGACAAUGCUUUUGACACUGGUAUAAAUAUAUGAUUUGUGAUAUAUGGUUAUUAAGAUAUAUUUAGCCAACCGUUUCUUUUUUGUCUCUUUAUUAUCAAUUCAAAGUUGUUUAUUGAUUUUGUGAUAAUUGUUUUGUUUAUAUUGCGUCAUAUCAUACCAGUAUGAUGUGAAUAUGCAUAGUUUUGUUAAGUAUCCCUAUUUGAUGUAUUACCUAAACGAAUACACUGAAAUAUUCCUGAAAAAAAAUAGAUUUGUAGCUAAUAACACUUUUAGGUGGAUUUUCUAGGUGUUUCAAAUACAAGGAAGAAAAAUAAAAGACAUGUAUAAAAAAAAAAAUAUGGAAAGAAACAGUGUCACUUUAUAAGGACUGGAACGCUAAUUUUAUUUCUUCUUUUUUAUCAUUAUUUCAAUUUUCUCUUAUGAUUUAGUAAAAUGAAUGACAGCCCGAAACCAGGCCUAAGGUUGAAGGCGUCCUGCCAAAGUAGCGGUGGUCAACUUGUGUAUGAAUGAAUGGUUUUAAUACAAAUGUUUAGCAA